AUGUCGCUCAAGGAACAAGUGCCCAUGUUGCACUCGGUCCGUGAGUUUUUCGGCCAGCCCACCGUGGCCUCCUUUUGCGCUGGAGGAGUCGCUGGAGCCGUCUCCCGAACCGUCGUGUCCCCCCUGGAGCGGAUGAAAAUCAUCUUUCAGGUCCAGAGCGCCGGUCCUGGAGGCGCACCGUACCAGGGCGUCAUCCCCACGCUGUCCAAAAUGUGGCGCGAGGAGGGCUGGCGCGGCUUCAUGCGAGGAAACGGAACAAACUGCAUCCGGAUCGUGCCCUACUCGGCCGUCCAGUUCUCCUCCUACACCAUCUACAAAAAGCUGCUGUUCCCCGACCAGGAUGGAACGACCCUGGGAGCAACAACGGCCGAGGGCGUGCAGUCGUCCUUCAGCUCCAAAUUCAACAUGGACGCUCUGCGACGUCUGACGGCAGGAGGUUUGGCGGGUAUCACUUCUGUGUUUGCAACCUACCCCCUGGACAUUGUGCGAACGCGUCUGUCGAUCCAGACCGCUGAUAUCGGCACCUUCGCCAACCGAAACGUCAAGCCCCCCGGAAUGUGGCAGGUCAUGUGCGAAAUCUACCGAAACGAAGGUGGUUUCCGAGCUCUGUAUCGAGGUAUCAUCCCCACCACCAUGGGAGUGGCUCCUUAUGUCGGUCUCAACUUUGCCGUGUACGAACUCUUCAGAGACGUGGUGACGCCCGUGGGACAGAAGGACCCCUCAGCUGGAGGAAAGCUGCUGGCAGGAGCCAUCUCUGGAGCCGUGGCCCAGACCGUCACAUAUCCGUUCGACGUGCUGCGAAGACGGUUCCAGGUGGUAGCCAUGCCGGACCCCAAGCUCAAGGAGAUGCAGGGCAACUACACCAGUGUUUGGAGCGCCAUUAAGUCCAUCAUUCGAGCAGAGGGAAUCAAGGGAAUGUAUAAGGGUCUGUCGGCCAACCUGCUGAAGGUGGCGCCCUCCAUGGCCUCGUCGUGGCUGUCCUACGAGCUCGUCAAGGACGCCCUGCUCAUCAAAUAG